UUUUCCCUCGCAAUAAGUGCAUGCACUUGCGGCAAUCGAUAGUGAACGCACAAAUUUGCAUAAAUUCAAUAAUAUUGGCGCACUUUUCCGCCAGAAAAAUGGCUUCCACAAAUAUUAGAAUUUAACGAUAAAAAUAGCGUGUUUGCACAGCCAUUUUGGUUUUUAUCGCGCCGAAAAAAGCGCCUUCUCACCCUAAAUUUUCCCGAGCUCGAGUGAGAUUCCUCCCCGAAAUCGCUCGCCAGCUUCGGACGCCGGAUUUUUUCCCAUAUUGGAAUUGAAUAGAGCGCGUCGGCAGCAACAGAAACAACAAUCCGGAAGAAAACAUCUGCCAAUCGUCCGCGUAAAAAAAGUAAGAAAUCCGAGAGCACCCAUUGUGGAAGCGAGACGGAAGCAGAUCCACCCUUUUCUACAUAUACAUAUACGUCGGUACGACCUUAGUGCCGAUCUAGCCGGCUUAGGAACCGAACCCUAUCAUACACGACAAAAACCAAACAGAGACACGCAAAUCGAGUGCAAUAGACAGACCGAAGACGAGCUAGGGAAAAUUACUUACGAUUUAGUCAUAGCAGGACCCGUUUACACAAACGGGACUUAUUUCCGCCUUUAACCGAAAAACCGUCAACAUUUUCAACACGGAGGACCAAAAUCUAAUCAACAAUCUCAAGGUCGAACAUGAAAACCUCGUAGCGAAGUGGCUCCAGAACUCAUUCAAGGCCCAGGAGAACGCCGCGCUGGACCUCCGUUCGACGCCGCUGUCCCUCCAGAUCCCCAUGGCCGAAGUCAACAACAGGCCCGUAUUCAAAAUGAACAACGACUUCUGGAACCAGGCCCGGGGGCCCCCUCAGAGCAUGGCCCAGAACCUGUCCAACUCCAACCAGAACUCGCCAGUGCCUGGCUCCACGAACUCCAUCCCGGCCCAUUCGCCGUCGCAGCAGAGCAACAGCAGUCAGAACCACGUCAUCACGCAGGGCGCGCUGGCCCUGCAGAACCAGCAGAACCAGCAGCAGCAGCAGAACAGCCAGCAGAACGCGCAGCAGCAGCAGCAACAACAACAGCAGCAGAACGCGGUGGCGCAGGGCCAGAGCAACGGGCAGCAGCAGCAGGGCCAGCAGCAACAGCAGGGCCAGCAGCAGCAGCAAAACCAACAGCAGCAGCAACUGGGCAGCCCCAACUCGCACUCUCAGGUGGCUCAGGCCCACGCUCACGCUCUGGCUCAGGUGCAGGCUCAGCAGCAGCUGGUGCAUAGCAUGUCGCAGCAGCACCAGCUGUCGGGAGGGCAGAAUUCGCCGGACAAGAUGGCGGAGAAGUUGGUGAAUGAUUUGCAGAUUUUUAUGCACAAGUCUGCGAUGCAGAUGCACGCGAGGGAGCUGACGGGGCGGUCAGAGGUCAAACCACACCAGUGCCAGCAAUGUCUCAAGUCUUUCAGCAGUAAUCAUCAGCUAGUUCAACAUAUCAGGGUGCACACAGGAGAGAAACCCUACAAAUGUUCCUAUUGCGACAGGAGGUUCAAGCAGUUAAGCCACGUUCAACAGCACACGAGGCUGCAUACGGGGGAAAGGCCCUACAAGUGCCACCUCCCGGACUGCGGCCGGGCCUUCAUCCAACUCUCCAACCUCCAGCAACACCUCAGAAACCACGACGCUCAGGUCGAAAGGGCCAAAAACAGGCCCUUCCAUUGUACAAUCUGCGGAAAAGGCUUUGCCACGGAAUCCAGCCUGAGGACGCAUACUUCGAAAGUAAGCCAUUGUAUUGGUCGUUUGCAGCAACAUGCAGCUUUGAUUGGAGGACCGAAUGCCACUUCUUGUCCGUUAUGCCAUAAGAUGUUCUUAGGAGGAGAGGCGCUGAUGGAACACAUGAAGCACACGCAUAAAGAUCCUAACGCUUCCGGGGUUGCCACGAAGAGAAGGACAGCGAAUCAUCCUUGUCCCGUUUGUGGAAAGCAUUAUGUCAAUGAAGGAUCCCUCAGGAAACAUUUGGCGUGUCAUCCGGAAACGUCACAAUUAUCAAGUUCGUUGAGAAUGUGGCCGUGUUCUGUUUGUCAAGCAGUUUUUACACAUGAGUCAGGUCUUCUUACCCAUAUGGAACAUAUGAGGAUGGAUCCCAAACAUCAGUUCGCCGCCCAGUACGUGUUAUCGCGAGCCGCCGCCGAAAGGAGAGAACGAGAGACUUUAUUGGCGGCUGUUUCCGCAUCUGCUUCCGGUAGUGGUCUUUUGGGCCUAACAGGAAUGGCUGGGGCAGCGAGCGGAAGCCCCAUGUGCGCCUCCCCCAGCGCCCACAGUGACAGUUCCUCAGGCAACGGCCGCCUCUCGUCCGCCGGCUCGGAGGCCGGGGGCCUAAACAACAACAACAACAACUGCACCACCAAGCUGAACGAGAUCCUGCGCAGCAACAACGGCCUCCACCAACAGUACAACGUCGAAGAACAACUGCACAACGCCAACCGGAUGGCCGUCAUCGCCAACAUGGUGGGGCAGGGCGGCGUGCCCCCGGGGCUGGGCUCCGACUCGUCCGCCGCCGCCAACAUCGCGGCCGCCAAUAUUGCCAAUCUUGCCAUGCGACUUGGCGUCACACAGGCCAACCAAGUGAACAACAGCAGCAAUCCCUCGACGCCGCCUAUCACGAACGACACGUUAUCGGCGUCGAUGAACGCCAUGAACGCGAUGAGGGCCUCCAUGGAUAGUAUAAGGAAUAUGGACGCGAUGCGGUCAUCGGUGAUGGACAUGUCUUCGCCGCAGCAGUCACAGCAGCAGCAGGAUGCGCUCAGGAUGCAGCAGCACGCGGAAGCUUUGCUCAGGUCGCAAGCAGAAGCUGCGCUACGUUUGGCUAUGAGUCAGGCGCUGCCUCAGCUUAACCAACACCAGCAGGACAACGGCAGUCCGCUGCGCCACAACGGUAACUACCAGAGCCACCAGGGCCAGUCGUCGCAGCAGCUCAGCCCGGACCUGACCGAAGCCCUCAGGCUGCAGGAGCAGAGAUUGGAGCAAGCUUUAAGGCUGCACGGGAGCGAUCCAAGAACCCUGGGCUUCUCCCUAAGCAGCCAGCAGCAGAAUCAACAGCCAUGAAAUUUUAGCUAUUACUGAACGCAUUCUAACGUAAAGUACAAGAAAGGGUUGCAGCCUUCUUCCACAGCUCUCCAUCAAUCUUCCAACAGUAACGGAUUCUCUGACGCACCCAUAUUCGAAGAAAAUGUGCCAAAUUUUUCGUUUUUUGUUGAUUUUUUAAACGACACGUUAAUGCGCUCAGUAUAAUCCUAAUGGCUACGCCAUAUGAAGUAAUGAUUAAGCGCACUUUAAAAGUGCAUCACUACAAAAUCAUUUAAACAAUGUAUAGUAAAUAAGUGUUGAGAGGAAAAUACCUAAAGUAAGUGUUUUUAGGUAUAAAGAAGAAGAAAUACUUAAUACAUAUAUUUAGGGAUAAGUUGUAAAUAAUAUUACAAAUAAGAUUGUUUUAGAUGAAAAACAAUGGAUGAAUGAUAGAGAAUUUGUAAUUAUACGAUGUAAGUACGAUUUUUUAUUUAAACAUUUAAGAAACGAAGCGAAAAGAGGUGAAAAUCAAAUUGGGGAACUUUUUUUCAAACUGUGAUUUUAGUUAUUUGGCCGGUUAAAGAUUAGCAAUAAAUAAAUAAAAAAAAACUUUAAAUAAAAAUAUAUGAGAAGAGAAAAAUGAUGAUGAAUUUGCAAUUUUUACUGUGAUUUUUUAUUAAUUUUAGAAAAAAUCGGAAUUUAUUGCUCGUUUUUCAAGUACAAAAGGGACAAAGUCCCGUAUUAAUUUUUUUUAUGUGUGAGCGACAGGGUAUGAAUGUAUGAGCGACUGUGCGAUUAUCAUCCAGAAUUUUUGUACCAAGUACUUAAUGAAAUGUUCACUUUUUCGGUUUCUCGUCGAUCAUGUGGUUUUAUCUGAUGUACAUAAUUUAUACGUAAGAGCCUGUAUAUAAGCAAUCCGGCACGGUCUGAAGGGCGCCGGCGAGUGGAGAGAGUCCAGACGAAAAAUACUCACUCAAUUUUGCAACCAUCAAAAAUAAACAACAGUUUCAAAAAGACAAAACCCUCAGGGUAAAACAUUGUAUCCAUAUUUUAAAUUUUGAUAAAAAUAUAUCUAAUAAACAAAAGAUGCAAACAAAGAACUAGAAAUUAAAAAAGUUUCGAAAUUUCUAAACAAAAAUAUUUUUUUAGUCCAAAAUAUGGGCGUCUGCGGUACAGAUUUGACAGAAAGUGUAAUCAAAUUCAAAUAUAGUUCCAAAUUUAGCCUUGAAGUCACUACGUUUUCGGUAAGAGUCUGCUCUCUGUCGAAAUUGUCUGUAGAUGUCUCUGUUGCGGCCGUCUGGCCCCGCCCCACUCGCCCCCACCCUUCUCACUAUCACUAGAUUUCCCAUAUAUUACAAUAGCCAUAUAGACAAUAGUUAAAAAAUCUACAAUAGCCACGGCACUCAGCCACCAUCUUUCCUAAAAAGUGACGACUUAGAACCGGUUUCACACCGUGAAACAAGCCACAAUCAGCGACAAACGGCACGCCAUCUGGCGCAACUCUCGCGACUAACAUUCCUCAGUAAACCGUCGCUACAAGCGUACAGAUGGCGCUGCAAUACGUGAAUCCCCGACUUCGACAGAUAAAAUACAUAACAAAAUCUUACAAUAGCCCGGUUGCACUAAGUGCUACAAACAUUUUGCCCACCAGAAUAAUUACGUCAACGUAAUUAUUUCCAUCUUAAAAAUUCUACAAUAGCCCAAUCGGACCACGUCCGACUACAAACUUUCAGUAAGCCCACUGGGGUCCGCCCCCUUUUUAAUGUAUUUUACAUAAAUAUUAACGUCUAGUGCCCGAAUGGACAAAUAUUUAUCGUAAAAUUACGAAAUUUUUUUUGCAAUAGCCCACACAACAUCAGUGCGGACCAGUUCCGCACAGUUUUUUCAAGUUCUAACCGGAUUUAGUUCGACUUUUUAGUUCGGUGUUAAACGGUCCUGCAGGUGGCGCUCUCGAAGGGACCCAAAAACAUAUAGCGCACCCUUCCCGAUUGCUGUCAAACCGUCCGCUUGUAGGUCAUCUAUACGAAAGGUAAAAAGCAAAAAGCCCCUAGAGAGGGCCGCGUGCAGGGCCGGCUCUUAAAAUUUCAGUUAAAAAGCAAUAGUCUAAACGCAUAAUGAUUCUCUUAUGCUAUACAAAAAAUUUCGGUAACCACACUUCAGUUCGUGUUUGUUCGGUCGCGACGCGUCGCGGCCAUUUUCAUUGUUUUUACAAUAAUCUGAUCACACACACACUUACACUAGAGAAAUUCCGGUUCGGAGUACACUGAUAUGAUAAAAAUUGGGGUUCGGCCGAGUUCACACCACACACAUACACAAAUAUGUCUAAAAGUCACUUUUGGGAAAUACAAACGUUUCGGCUUACUUCUGUCAAAAACACGGUCAAAAAUUCGAUUUAAAACCACAUAUAAUAAAAAAAAUCGCAAAAAAAUAUUUCUAUAGUUAUUUCAAUGUUAGUUGUGUUAACACAAGUUAAUGUUAAGUUACUUUUUCAUCGUAUACGUAUAUAAUAAUAACUAAGUUUUUUGUGAGCGCAGCUAGAGUGGUGCGCCCCCUGUCGGUGCAGCCGCACAACUGCACAUGAUAGUUACAGAUUAUAGUUAAAUGUUACUGUUGAUAGUUACGAUAGGAAAAUCGAGCCAGGGCCGCAUCGAGGGGGGCGCGUGCGCUUCUAUCCGAAUAAAUGUAACAAUACGCCAUUUUCGUGCAAACUAGUUUCCGUUAAUUUAAUGCUUAAGCUAUGAUAUACGUAACAAUCGGCCGAGUCGGCUGCGAACCUAUGGGAGAGUGGGCCGACUCGGCCGCUGUUGAUCACUCAAUGUUUUUUUUCAGUUUUCCUAGUUGUACUGUAUAUGUUAAUACUACAGUUGUUUUUCAUAGUUUAUGCUUUAUUGUAAUUUAUUGUCUGUUUGAAUUUUUGCGUAUUAUUACGAAAAACCAGGAAAAUAAUAUUUGAUAUUAUCAUUAACUUUUUUAUAUAUUUUACUAACUUGGUUCCGACUGCGGAACUUAUUUAUAUGUUACGUAACGUUAGUCGUAAGGAGUUAUUGUACGUUAUUAUAAUUUUAUACAAGUUUUGUGCCGCCAUCUUUUUUAUUAUUUAAAAUUUUCGACUGCCAUUUAUAUUUUUUAACUUAUGCUUUUCGUAGUUUUUUUUAAGUUCCUAUUACAAUGUUUUCGGCUGUAGUUUGCUAUACAGUGAAAAAUCAAUUAACGUGUGAAUGUUGUGCGACUGCCAAAUUUUCAUUUCGGAACAGUUCUUCGAAAAAUUAGCAAAUUGUAACAAAAUUCGAAACUCGAGGCAUUUCUCUUACACACAAAAUUCAUACUUUGUUUGUAAUAUAUAGGGUUAACAAAAAUUAAUGAUGUGGAUUUAGGAGACAUUAUGUUAUCAUGUUUUUAUUCGACAAAUUGAUGUAUGAACUGUACGUGUGAAAUGUAUCUUACUUACUGGAAAUAGCAAAUAUAAAAG